UAUUAAUGUCAGUAAAUUGUUUAUUUUGCCGCAAUUGUUGCAUUAUCAUUUUAAGUAAGAGAUGGUAGAAGAAAAGGGAGAAGGGCCGGAAGAUGUGGACACUAUUGGAAUUUACGUAGGAGGUAGAAACGCUGCAGGUGAUCGUCAUGGUGAGGGUUGGGCUAUUCUGCCCAAUAAAGACUUCUACCAGGGCUGCUACUGUCGGGGUAUGAGAAGCGGAAAAGGACUUUACGUCUUCAAGAAUGGUGCUCGCUAUGAAGGAGAGUGGCGUAAAGCUAUGAAAUAUGGUGUCGGCGAAAUGAUAUACCCUGAUGGUUCAAAGUACGAAGGUGACUGGAGACACGACUUGAAGCAGGGGUUUGGUGCCUAUUACUAUCCCAAUGGUGAUAUAUACGAGGGAGCGUGGUUCAAAGGCAAACGUCACGGAUUGGGGACUUACUUCUUUUCUGAGUAUCAGAUAAAAUUCAUGGGCACCUGGGUCGAAGGAAAAAUCGAGGGUCCUGGUCAGAUUAUGUAUCCUCGGGUAAGAUACCACGGUUCAUGGACAAGAGGCAAACCAAAGGGUACUGGAUGCUUUGUUUUCGACACGAACUGCAUGCAACAUGGUUUCUAUUUGCUCAUGAAAGAUCCGAACCUGGAAGAGUUUGGAGAAGGAGAGGAAGAAAAGGAGGAUAAAGAAAUUAAGGAAGAGAAGAUGGAGGAGGGCGAAGAAGAGAUUGAGAUUGAUGAAACUAUUGGUAAAAUAGCAACAUGGCGUGCGCGAAACGUAACCGCGUACAUGGCCGAGUUCCUGCCGCCGGAGGCAGUCCCUCUGCCCAUCCACGACUCCCUACCUUCGUUGUCGGCGGGCAGUUUUGAAACCGAUGUGAUGCACUUUGAGCCGCCCUCAGUGACUCCGGAAGAGGAAGGCGGAAAUGAUAAUGACUCAUGGCUGUUGCAUAGGCAGCAGUUCCUUGAGGGCACUGAAUAGAAAGCUUAAAAUAAAUGUGAUAAAGUGUCUA